CCCAGCAUGCACCGCGCGGAUGCAGCAUAUGUUGACAAAAGAAACAGCAAGAGAAACAUAACAGGGUGGGAUCCGAGUUCAACAAAAACACUAGCGACACCAAACUAAAACAGGGCACUACUGACAGUAACAAGUGGAGGGAAGAGGGGCCCAGUAAGACCUCGGACGGGAAGGAGAGAGGGUGCUCAGCUGGAGCCAAUGCAGCCCCAGCAGCAGAAUCGACAGCCUGAGCUCGUGGAGGGAAGCCUUCCUGUGUUUGUGUUCCCCACAGAGCUGGUCUUCUAUGCAGAUGAGCAGAACUCUCACAAACAAGUGCUCACACUCUAUAACCCUUAUGAGUUUGCACUUAAAUUUAAAGUGCUAUGCACAGCGCCAAACAAGUACACCGUGGUGGAUGCAACUGGAGCUGUAAAGCCACAGUGCCGCGUUGACAUAGUGAUCCGACACAGGGAUGUACGUCCCUGCCAUUAUGGGGUUUACGACAAGUUCAGACUCCAGGUGUCGGAGCAGAGCCAGCGGAAGGCCCUGGGUCGCAAGGAGGUCUCUGCAACGCUGCAGCCGUCGGCCAAACAGGACCCGCCGCACCCCCGGCCUCAGGAAGAAGAGCGCAGGCUGAAGGAACAGCUGGCAGACAGUGUGUUCUUUGAGCAGACCGCAUUUCAGACAGAAAGCCGGGCUGUUGCCGGAGGACCCAGUCUGUUGACUGUACUGCUGGGGCUGGUUUGCGUGGCUGCCCUGAUGCUUCCCACCUUGGGGGACGAAGAAUCCACUGUGCCUGUCUACCUCCACUUAAGUGUUAACAAGAAACUAGUCGCUGCUUAUGUUUUAGGUCUUCUUACGAUGGUCAUCCUGCGUACAUGAAGCCAGUGAGCUUGGAGAGAUACGAGGGAGGAAAGAGCCCUGCAAUACCCAGGGAUGUGUACCACUCUGCAGCAGGCAGUAAGGGAACCGGGCCCUGGGAUGUCUGUUCAUCUCUGACCCCUUCCUUGAAGCAUAUUCAUUUUGCCUACUUGUUGAAAUGUAUUUAUAUGAAUUAACAUUUAUCAUUGAACAGACAAUGAAGACCUCUAGAUCUGGGGUCAAGAAUCUCUCCGGUCGAGGAACUGGCUCUUUGGGUCCUAGAAAGUGCUGGUGAAGUAUAACAAGGGACAUUGCAUUACAGCGCUAUACUAAUGUUAUAUAUGCCCUGUCUGUACUUCCUUUGCCACCAUUUGACAGAAUAUGAUAAACUUGGUUAAGUUUUCAUGCAAAUCGCUACAUGUAUAUAAAACCAUUUUUGUUUUCUUACGCUACAUGUACAUAAAGCCAUUUCAGUUUUGUUAUAGGUUAAAACGUUCAUCCGUCAUAUUGAAUUUUAGACUAGUGGAGGUUCAGGAUUCUUUUUUUUAAUGACAGUUCAAAUGUUGUUCUGGCUUCUUCAUUAAAUGUUGAAUAAAGUCUGAACGUCUUCAGAUCAGUAAA